AUGGAUGACCUGGGGGAGAACACCACGGUGCUGUCCACCCUGAGGUCUUUGAACAACUUCAUUUCUCAGCGGGUGGAGGCAGGAUCUGGACUGGACGCUCCCGCCUCCGCCCAGGGCUCUCUGCAGAUGCAGUACCAGGAGAGCAUGCAGCUGGAGGAACGAGCCGAGCGGAUCCGCUCCAAGUCCCAGGUCGUCCAGGUGGAGCGGGAGAAGACGCAGAUGGAGCUGAGCCACAAGAGAGCGCGAGUGGAGCUGGAGCGGGCGGCCAGCACCAGCGCCAGGCGCUACGAGCGCGAGGUGGACCGCAACCAGGAGCUCCUGACGCGCAUCCGGCAGCUGCAGGAGCGCGAGGCCGAGGCGGAGGAGAGGAUGAAGGAGCAGCUGGAGCGCCACAGGCGGUGCCGGCAGAGCCUGGACGCCGCCGGCCAGAAGCUUCGGGAGAAGGAGGACGGCUUGGCCGCGGCCGGCGAGGUGAGGGGUGCCUGGUUCGAGAAGUCCGUCAGCAGGGAGUCCUCUUGCUGCCGGCCCGGCUUCCAUGCAGCGGCGUCCUGCGUGCGGCCAGCCGUCUGGUCCCGUAUCCAGCGCGGCACCGGGCUGGCAGGCGCCAUCGUAACAGAGCAGACCAUGCAGAUGGCCGGAGUGUGGGACGUGGAUGGCCUGUGUCAGUGCCCCCUGGGCCCCCACAAACAUGGGUCCUGGGCAGGGGUGGGCCUCCUCGCUGGUCGUUCCCUGCCGCCUCACCUACGAGCCGUGCGGCCCUGCAUCGUUUCCUGGGUGGUGGCAGCUGUCCCGCAGUUGGUCACAGCGGAGGCCUGUGGCCUCACGGGGUGGGAGCCGAGCUCCUCACAGAAGCUGCUGGCAAAGCUGCAGAGCUGGGAGCGUCUGGAACAGACCACGGGCUUGAACAUCAGGACCCCGGAAGACCUUUCCAGGUUCAUCGUUGACCUGCAGCAGCGAGAACUUGCCUUGCAGGACCGGAACAAUGUCAUCACCAGCAGCGCCCGUGGGCUGGAGAAGGUCCGGCAGCAGCUCCAGGAGGAGGUCCGCCAGGCCAGCAGCCAGCUGCUGGAGGAGAGGAAGAGGCGGGAGACACAGGAGGCCCUGGCCCGGAGACUCCAGAAGCGGGUCCUGCUGCUGACGAAGGAGCGAGACGGCAUGCGUGCCAUCCUGGGGUCCUAUGACAGCGAGCUGACCGCGGCCGAGUACUCGCCCCAGCUGACCCGUCGGAUGCGUGAGGCCGAGGAUAUGGUCCAGAAGGUGCACGCGCACAGCUCUGAGAUGGAGACCUUCAGUGGUGGUUCGAAUGGCUGUUCCUGCCGCACCCAGCGAGUCGCCGUAAGUAUCGGCGUGUUAAUAGUCAUCUCCUUACGGCACACCUGGUGCCAUGUGAAACCUUACCGAGGAGAGAUUUGUGGGGAAGGCUCUCUGACCCCUUCGGUCCUCCCUGGCGUGUUUUACGUGAGAGCUCCCUCUUGUCCGUGUGCCGUGUGCACCCUCCUCACUGAGUACGAGGCCCGCGGUUCCGGCACCUCCAGGGCCGUGUUUGGGGUGAUGGGGUGA